AUGGCCGUGGCGCUGUGGGUCUUGGUGACCGCGAUCGAGGUGGCGGACCCCGGCGUGGCGACACCCCGGCGCUGCCUCCUGUCCCACUACCGCUCGCUGGAUCCCAGGGCGCUGGCGGCCGUCAAGGCGCUGAGGGACCGCUACGAGGAGGAGACGCUGAGCUGGAGGCCGCGCAACUGCUCGUUCCGCCCAAGGAGGGAUCGUCCGCGGCCCUGGUCUUGCGCGCGCCUCCGCCUGGUGGUCCGGGACCUGGCAGACGCCCAGGCUGUGCUGAGCCGCCUGCCGAGCCCUGAUCGGUUCCCCGGUACCGGCCCGACCCUAGAGCUGCUGGCGGCCGCGCGACGGGACGUGGGGGCCUGCCUCGAGCUGGUCCGGCCGGGCUCGUGGAGGAAGUCCCUGCGGCCACCGAGGAGACGUCCCCCAACACGGAGAGCUGACUCGCCUCGGUGCCACGAAGCCAACGUCAUCUUCAACCUCCUGCGCCUGCUCACGUGGGACCUGAAGCUGGUGGCGAACUCGGGGCCUUGUCUCUGA